CUGGUCAUUUGGGGUGCUAAUGUGGGAGAUCUUCACCCUGGGGGGUUCUCCGUACCCCGGCAUCCCCGUAGAGGAGCUCUUCAAGCUGCUGAAAGAGGGCCAUCGCAUGGACAAGCCUGGCAACUGCACCAACGAGCUGUAUGAUUGUAUUUUUAUCUCACACACAUACGCAUGCACGCAGGCAGGCACACACACACACGCACACAAAUGUGCACACACACACACAUAAACAUAAACAUCAGAUCCAUGACCCUACACAGCUGGCCUGGGUCUGUAUCAAUGUCCUCAUUCACAAUGGGCCCUCUCCAGUCACACAGAAAACAGUGUCAUGGCCUGCACCGUGAAUGUAGGGCCUAAUAUUCUCACACUGUAAUGGAAACAGUGAAGCCCACAGUGGAGACAGACAGACAGACCUAGGAUAGGAUUGGCAUUGGCGUCCAUCAGCCUUGAACGUUAGAGAGUACAGAGAAAUAGAACCUGCAUAGCUCGGUGUUUGGAUUGUCUGGUUCAUACCUGGACACCUAGGCUCAGAGAAAUUAGUCUUAAUCAUCUCACCCACUUUGACAGUGUUUUAGAGAAGAGCAGCAGUCUGUUUAAUGGGUGACAAGGCAUGUACUUUGGAAAUAUAUAAUAUAAUACUUUUGUUAACCUCUCUCUCUCUCUCAGGUACAUGAUGAUGAAAGACUGUUGGCAUGCCAUUUCCUCCCAUCGGCCCACCUUCAAGCAGCUGGUGGAGGAUCUAGACCGCAUCCUCACCCUGGUCACCAAUGAGGUGAGGGCACAAACCAGAGUCACACCUGUUCACACUAGGGCUGUGGCGGUCAUGAAAUUCUGUCAGCCGGUGAUUGACAUACAAAUAAUUGCCGGUCUGACGGUAAUUGACCGUUAAUUAACAUAUACACGUUUAGCAUCUCCGGUUUCCACGCAUAGCCUACAAGCCACUGAUGUGGACCUUUGGAACAUCUACAUUUUUUAAAAAGUCUAAUAAAUCCAUUUAAUAUAGCCUACACUAUCACACACACACUUCAUCAGUCUCUCAUUCAGUCUGACAAGCAUUUGAUUUAGAAUGGUCCAUUAUCAUGCAGCUGUCGGAACAGGGGCAGGGUAAAAAAAAAUACCUGUCAUCCUAUGCACUUGAAUAGUGAAUGGAGGACGCUUUUCCCGCGGUUAAUUUUCCUACCUGCCAGGUAGGCUACUCCAGUUGUAAAGCGAAGCAAUGUGCUUAAUAUUAGAAAAGUUGAGAAAUAAAUAUAGUAGGCCUAGCCUAUAGAAACCUGAUGGGAUCAUCCUCUUUUUAAUAGAGGCCAUCAAAACUAUUUUCUCACGCAAUUGCUUAGCAUAGCAUAUAGAAAUGUUGCGCAACAUGGGCUUAUAGGAACACUUAUUUCAUUCCAUGCAUCAACCAGCUAUGAGGAGCUGGCUCUCACUGCGCAACAUGUGAUCCUAUUUUGCUCAAACUCUGAAUGCCAGAGCUCUCAUGAAGUGUUUGAUUUGAUUUUCUAAUGCAUUUGCAUUGAUGUCAGAGUGAUUAGUGGGACAAUAGAGUGCUGAGUACCGACCAUUAGCGACUGGCCGUUAGCAGGUUUGGUAGGCUACUAAUGACCAUCGGCGGCAUCAGAGAGCAGUUUUGGAGAAGUCUAGUUACCGUGACCGUCAAGUGGAAUUUGACUGCUGUCAUGACUCGUGACUGCCGGUGUGGCGGUAAUGCGGUCACCGUAACAGCCCUAGUUCACACUCACCUACAAUCUGAAGUCAGAGUAAGUGACUUACAGUGCCUUCGGAAAGUAUUCAGACCCCUUGACCUUUUCCAUAUUUUGUUACGUUACAGCCUUAUUCUAAAAUUGAUUAAAUAAAAACAAAUCCUCAGCAAUCUACACACAAUACCCCAUAAUGAUUAAGCAAAAACAGGUUUUUAGAAAUGUUUGCACAUUUAUAAAAAAUCUAAACCAGAAAUACCUUAUUUACAUAAGUAUUCAGACCCUUUGCUAUGAGACUCAAACUUGCAUGUCAGAGAAAAAAACAAGCCAUGAGGUCAAAGGAAUUCAAAUCAAAUUUUCUUUGUCACAUGCGCCGAAUACAACAGGUGUAGACCUUACAGUGAAAUGCUUACUUACAAGCCCUUAACCAACAAUGCAGUUUUAAGAACGAAUACCAAAAAAAAAUCACAAAAAAGACAAUAUAAAAUAAUAAGAAAUAAAAGUAACAAAUAAUUAAAGAGCAGCAGUAAAAAUAGCAAUAGCGAGGCUAUAUACAAGUUGUACCGGUACCGAGUCAAUGUGCAGGGGCACCAGUUAGUCGAGGUAAUUGAGGUAAUAUGUACAUGUAGGUAGAGUUAUUAAAGUGACUAUGCAUAGAUAAUAAACAGAGAGUAGCAGCAGCAUAAAAUAGGGGGUGGGGGCAAUGCAAAUAGUCUGGGUAGCCAUUUGAUUAGAUGUUCAGGAGUCUUAUGGCUUGGGGGUAGAAGCUGUUUAGAAGCCACUUGGACCUAGACUUGGCGCUCCGGUACCGCUUGCCAUGCGGUAACAGAGAGAACAGUCUAUGACUAGAGUGGCUGGAGUCUUUGGCAAUUUCUAGGGCCUUCCUCUGACACCGCCUGGUAUAGAGGUCCUGGAUGGCAGGAAGCUUGGCCCCAGUCAUGUACUGGGCCAUACGCACUACCCUCUGUAGUGCCUUGUGGUCAGAGGCCGAGCAGUUGCCAUACCAGGCAGUGAUGCAACCAGUCAGGAUGCUCUCGAUGGUGCAGCUGUAGAACCUUUUGAGGAUCUGAGGACCUAUGCCAAAUCUUUUCAGUCUUCUUAGGUGGAAUAGGUUUUGUCGUUCCCUCUUCACGACUGUCUUGGUGUGCUUGGACCAUGUUAGUUUGUUGGUGAUGUGGACACCAAAGAACUUGAAGCUCUCAACCUGCUGCACUACAGCCCCGUCGAUGAAAAUGGGGACGUGCUCGGUCCUCUACUUUUUCCUGUAGUCUACAAUCAUCUCCUUUAUCUUGAUCACGUUGAGGGAGAGGUUGUGUCCUGGCACCACACGGCCAGGUCUCUGACCUCCUCCCUAUAGGCUGUCUCGUCGUUGUCGGUGAUCAGGCCUACCACUGUUGUGUCGUCGGCAAACUUAAUGAUGGUGUUGGAGUCGUGCCUGGCCAUGCAGUCAUGAGUGAACAGGGAGUACAGGAGGGGACUGAGCACGCACCCCUAAGGGGCCCCCGUGUUGAGGAUCAGCGUGGCGGAUGUGUUGUUACCUACCGUUACCACUUGGGGGCGGCCCGUCAGGAAGUCCAGGAUCCAGUUUCAGAGGGAGGUGUUUAGUUCCAGGGUCCUUAGCUUAGUGAUGAGCUUUGAGGGCACUAUGGUGUUGAACGCUGAGCUGUAGUCAAUGAAUAGCAUUCUCACAUAGGUGUUCCCUUUGUCCAGGUGUGAAAGGGCAGUGUGGAGCGCAAUAGAGAUUGCAUCAUCUGUGGAUCUGUUGGGGCGGUAUGCAAAUUGGAGUGGGUCUAGGGUUUCUGGGAUAAUGUGAGCCAUGACCAGCCUUUCAAAACACUUCAUGGCUACAGACGUUAGUGCUACAGGGCAGUAGUCAUUUAGGCAGGUUACCUUAGUGUUAUUGGGCACAGGCACUAUGGUGGUCUGAUUGAAACAUGUUGGUAUUACAGACUCAGACAGGGAGAGGUUGAAAAUUGUCUUUAGAGCUCUGAGACAGGAUUGUGUCGAGGCACAGAUCUGCGGAAGGGUACCAAAGAAUUUCUGCAGCAUUGUAGGUCCCCAAGAACACAGUGGCUUCCAUCAUGGAAGAAGUUAGGAACCACCAAGACUCUUCCUAAAGCUGGCCACCCGGCCAAACUGAGCAAUCGGGGGAGAAGGGCCUUGGUCAGGGAGGUGACCAAGAACCCGAUGGUCACUCUGACAGAGCUCUAGAGUUCCUCUGUGGUGAUGGGAAACCUUCCAGAAGGACAACCAUCUCUGCAGCACUCCACCAAUCAGGCCUUUAUGGUAGAGUGGCCAGACGGAAGCCACUCCUCAGUAAAAGGCACAUGACAGCCCGCUUGGAGUUUGCCAAAAGGCACCUAAAGACUCUCAGACCAUGAGAAACAAGAUUCUCUGGUCUGAUGAAACUAAGAAUGAACUCUUUGACCUGAAUGCCAAGCGUCACGUCUGGAGGAAACCUGGCACCAUCCCUAAACUCCCCAAAUACAGGUGUGCCAAGCUUGUAGUGUCAUACCCAAGAAGACUCGAUGAUGUAAUCACUGCCAAAUGUUUUUCAACAAAGUACUGAGUAAAGGGUCUGAAUACUUAUGUAAAUGUGUUAUUUCAGUUUUUUAUUUUUAAUAAAUUAGCAAAAAUUCUAAAAACCAGUUUUUGCUUUGUCAUUAUGGGCUAUUAUGUGGAGAUUGAUGAGGGGGGAAAAAAACAAUUUAAUCAAUUUUAGAAUAAGGCUGUAAUGUAACAAAAUGUGGAAAAAGUCAAGGGGUCUGAAUACUUUCCAAUUUUGGGGUCAAUUCCCUUUAGUAGUAAACUGAAAUUCCAACCAAAAAUAAUUCCCAGUUGAUUAGCAUUGAGGAAAAAAUAGAAUUGGAAUUUCAGUUUACCUCCUGAAUUGACUGAAUUUAAAUGGCGACCCCAAGUCUGCUGACCUCGUAUCCGUGGAAGUGCUCGGUCACUGAGAAGUAUGACAUAAAAGCAUGUCUCGCUUCUCCAAAAGCUUGGAAAAAGGUAAACAUGAUACAGGCUCACGGACACUCCAAUUGGGGGCAAGCAAAGUUGACAAUAAUGUUCAAAAAGCAUUAGAAGGAACCUGCAUUGGCUGACACAUGACCUUUACAGUGACCAGAAAAUGGCAGGCCCCAGAGCUGUGGCCAUGGCCCACUGAUGUUGCCCAAUCAUAGAGAGCUACUCCAAGCUAUUCCUCGCCUCGGAAUAAUGGCUUGUGUUUCUUUCCGUUCUGCUCCUGUCAUGUGUGAUAUCCGUGCACAGGCCUGAGGAGAGGCUGUGGAUGGAAAUCUGUCAGGGCUCAUCUGGCCUCAGACUGGGACUCCAUAGAUAAUGCCAAAAGCCCCAACUUCAAGGUUUCAGAGUUUGAACUUUUGAAAUGUAAUAAAGCGCCCCUUUUUCCCUUCUCCAAACCACUGGCAUAUGUGGAGCUCUUUAGUAAUGUGAGCUGCCUUGUGUUGAGCUGAGAAAAUGGAAGCCAGCACUCCUUUUAAGAAGAACGCUCAAACCCCAAGAACGCUUCUAAGGAGAGAGGAGGGUGCAGGGAUAAAUAAAAAAGGAGAUUAAAAAAACGCUAAACACUGGUUCAAGUUGAAAAAGCCCCAAUAUUAAUACAAAAUAUAUUUGGGUGAGCACUGAAGGUUGCCAGACUAUGUUCAGCCACGUUCCAAUUUCAGAUGUCAGGUUUGUUUGGACUGUGCUGGGUAGUGACAUUAAGCGGAGCGGUAUGGAUGUAGCCCAGGGUUGGGUGCCCCUCUCUUUUAGUUUGAACAGUCUCUCUCUCUCUCCCUCUGGGUCCCCCCCCCCCCCCCCCUCUCGUUUGAACGCUCUCUCUCUGGUCUCUUUCUCUCUCUCCCUCUCUCUGGUCUCUCUCUCUCUCUGGUUUCUCUUUCUCUCUGGGCUCGCCACCCUCUACCUCUUUCUCUCCCCCCUUUCUCUCUGGUAUCUCUUUUUCUCUCUCUCACUGGUCCCCCCACCCUCGCUCUCUCUCUCCCUCCCUCCCUCCCUCUCUCUCUUGUUCUCUCUUGCUCUCUUGUUCUUUCUCUCUCUCUGUGUGCUCUCCCUUGCCCGCCCAGACACAUUGAACCACUUUAUACUGAGACUAACAGCAACCAGGUCAGCAUUGGUCUAUGUGAACCGUGCUGGAAAGUUCCCCUCGCUCCAGCACGCACCAUUUAUUAAGUAUUAUUCGUACAAAUAUUUUUAUACGGAUCCGAUUUAAGAUUAUUUUCUCUCUUGGCGCCGCCAACAUUUUUCAUAAAUCUGUCAAGCGUGAUUUAGGAAUAGUUUAUAGUUUACAUAAAUAAAUUAAUGAAGAUGAUACUCCAUAUGUCCAUCACUGUCCUCCUGAAAUGCCUGUCUCUAUUUUGGUAUUUUCCAUCUCUCUUGCUCUUUUCUCUUACUCUCUAUCUCUCCUCUCUAAACCUGUGAGUGUUAUAGUUGUCUCACCCCCUUCUUCCCUCUUACCCUGUCUAUGUUUAGGAGUAUCUGGACCUGUGUGCCCCAGCGGAGCAGUAUUCUCCCAGCUUCCAGGACACACGCAGUUCCUGUUCCUCCGGUGAUGACUCCGUGUUCUCCCAUGACCCCUUACCAGAGGAGCCCUGCCUCCCAAAGUACCAGCACAUCAAUGGGGGCGUCAAAACA